AUGAGUGUUCAGGUGAAUUUGAAAGGACUACCAUCUCACGUCCUGGGCAAUGUUUACAAACCAGAUAAUCUGAAGAUGACAACAAGGUAUGUACAUGUUUCCUUUGUAUAUAUCAACCCUGGUACAUUUGUCAUUUGUUUCCUAAUAAUUCCAAUACAAUAACAAUUCCCACUGGGAAGUUUCAGUCUGACAGUAUUUGACAAUGUUAACCAUACCACAGAUCACCAGAGAACGCUCUUGCUGCCCUCACCUUCCCCAAAUCCAAAGUGGCCCUAUGGGACCCCACACCUAAUGGGGAUGUGGUUAGCCUCCACCUCUCCUAUUACAGGUAGGCUACUGGUUUCUUUUUGCAUCUCAGUAGUCCAAAGUGGCUUUCUCAACUCCAUCCCAUUGCCUGUACUGAUUUGAAAUACUUGGCCGGUGUAAGCAAUAUGUCGGCUCACUUUCAUCUGCUUAAUUUUCUCAAGUCAGUUCAGUUGAAAGAAAGAUUAUUGAAACGCACCCUUGAUUGUAAUUAGAUCAUGCUCUGCCUUCACUGCUAAAAACCUGUUUUCUAUUGAACAGAAAUCCCAGGCUACUUCUUGUGGAGAAAACUCUUCGCUUGGCCCACCGCCAUGCUCGACAGAGUAACAAACCCCAGUUCAGCUGUUACUUGCUGGGGACUAUUGCUGUGGAUUCUGGUGAGAUGUAUUUUUUUUUUCAUGACAAGUAUUGCAUUUUUUUUUAGUUCAAGAGCAAACACACAUUUUAGAUGGAAAAUAAUUAUUUUAUACUCAUGAUAAUGAUGGAUUGGAUAUGCUUGCUAAGUACGUACUCUUAGGUUUAGCUCUUUUAUAUUGAAACUGUCCCUUGUACCUCCCUUCACUUGCUUGAUGUGAACUCUUCUCUCUCCACUCUUUCUCCAAGAUGAAGAGGGUGUGACUUUGACUCUGGACCGGUUUGACCCGGGCCGGGAGCAGCCUGGCUCCUCAGGAAAGGUGCCCACUGCCCUGAUGCCUGGGGACGUCCUGGUGCCCUGUGUGCUGGAAACCCAGGGGGUCUCUGCCACAGACACCAUGGUUCACUCGGCAGAAGACUUCCACAUCUCUUUUAAGGUAAAAUGAAUAUGUUAAUGUCUGCACUGAAAGUAAAUGCCCUCUUAUCACUCAUACAACACUGUGCAACUAUGCAUUGUGUGAAUAAAAUGAGUGCAGUUGAAGUUUUUAUGAAGAUACCAGCAAUAACCAUACACUUACCAUAUUUUCUUACCCAAUGCUGUGUUUUCUAACUGGAAUUGACAUUCAUCCCAACUGUACGUUAAGUUCAACCCACCCUCUUAACUGCCUAAUGAGAGAGCACACAUUUUCUGUUGCCUGGAUAACAGAAGGAGCAUACUCCCUCUACUCCUAAGUUGGCAGUUAUUGCAACCUGUCGGCAACAGGUGUUGCUAAUUACUGAACCCAGGGCUCCAGACUGUGACCGCAUUUGACUGCGAGUUAAGCUUUUAAUUGGUCACAUUGGUGCAAGCUGCACUUUCUACCUGGUCACUGCAAUCAAAACUACCAAUUUUUUUGGGCGGAUAAAACCAUGAUUUGGUCAAACCGUAAAGUGCAUUAUGCCACAGAUUAUCCAUUAUAUGGACCAGAUACUCUAGUGCAGGGGUAUUCAACUCUUACACUACAAGGUCUGGAGCCUGCUGGUUUUCUGUUCUACCUGAUAAUUAAUUGCACACACCUUGUGUCCCAGGUCUAAAUCUGUCCCUGAUUAGAGGGGAAUGGUGAGUUUGAAGGCUCUAGUGGCUGCUCUAACAAUGAAAACAAACGUCUUCAAAAAUGGACGGCAGUCAGGAGGACGCAUGAUCAGGUGGGACCAUUCUAGCCAAUGAGAGAGCAGAUGCAUGCACAACGGUUUCCACUAGUUGCCACAGUCAAAAUUGGCUGUAUUGUAAAUUCAUGAAAAGAAAAAUAUGCAUUUUGGUUUUAAUGUAGGGUUAGGCAUACAGUUAGUAGUGUGGUUAGGUUUAAAAACAGAUUUUUAGAAGAUAAAUUGUAGAAAUAGGCUGUGUUUAUGACUUUGUGGCAGUGGUAACUAGUGACGACCAGGCAAAACUCUGAUAGUUUUUUUUCUCAAAGUUGGCAGGUUGUCACGGCCUACUUGUAUACUCGUAACAACCUAAUCAUUAUGAAACUUCUAUUUGAUCAAAUAAAUAAGCCACACGUAGCAAAUCAGCCAUUACAUUUUUUGUUAACCAAAUUUGAAACUCAUUGACCUCCAUACAAAAACUCCUCCCUUGGUGAGUGAAAAAAACAAAAACACCACCUGCUGGAGAAGACAGAUUUUGGGCCCAGUUAUCCCUCUCGCUUUGCCUCUUCCUCUCUGAUUAUCCUCAUGAUUCCUGUAAUGAAAGUGUGUGCCCUGCCGCUGUGCCUGUUUCGCUGGGCCCGGUUGCUCUAAUAAGCGAGCCAGGGCGUCAUUUAUCAAUAUUGCGUAGAAACUAUUCUAAAAUACUACUUAGGAACGGAAUUUAGAAUGUUCGUACACAUAUAAAAAGUGUGACUUAUCAAACAUUCCUACGACCUUCAUACGCACACUGGUAGGAGAUAACCAUUGAUAAAUACUAAUUGUUCUCAGCCUCAGUGCUCGUACGUGACCCUGGCUAUUUGCAUUUCGAAACACCCCUAAUUAACCAUAUAUGGUCAAAAUAAUCCCUUUAAUGCCCGUGGGAAAUAUACCCCGUACCAUGAAAUACAACGGCGCAACCAAAGAAAAGCUAUGAAACAAUCUUUUCCGAGACUAAAAUAGAGGUGCUAGUGUCAGAGAUUGAGAACAACCAAAAGGUUUAUUUGGCUUGCUCAGUUGUGGCUUGGCUAGUAAAAACAAAGAGAGGACCAUUAGGACAAUUCAAGUUGCUUUAGCAAUAGCAAAUAUACUUCAGAUGAGUAGGCAACACUCUCCAAUAAGACAUCCAUUCUCAACAGCUCCCGCCUGUAGGCAUAUAGGCCAACAUUGCUGUUCUGCAGAAUGAAUGAGUAGUGCGUCCCACCUGGCGAAUUUGCCACCACAUUCAGCAGCGUCUUUUGCGCUUCAUAUAACAUAUCACCUGCACAUUAAGAGUGUAAGUAUUUUCUGUUCACAUAGUUGAACUCAUUUUGGGACGGUGCUUUUAUGGAGACGUGGGUGCCGUCUAUUGUGGCGUUAGUAUUUGGGAUCCCAUUGAUGAUAUCAUGGGAAAGAAACCCCUCUUGACUUCAUCCUGUGUGAUGGUGUAUGGAAAUUGUAUGUGUUACUGUUCGUUUUGCUGGCGACUUGCCUCUAAUUUAAUAAAUGACUGUACUGUGGUCAAAUUACAUGAUAUAGCCUGUCAAGAUAUGUUGCAUUAAUUCUAAAUGGAAGUACAAUGAAAUUGAAAAAAUAUUAAAUUAUUACUCACAAUUUCACACAUUUUCAACAUAUACAGUACCAGUCAAGUUUGGACACACCUACUCAUUCAAGGCUUUUUCUUUAUUUGUACUAUUUUCUACAUUGUAUACUAAUAGUGAAGACAUCAACACUAUGAAAUAACACAUAUGGAAUCAUGUAGUAACCAAAAAAGUGUUAAACAAAUCAAGAUAUAUUUUAUAUUUGAGAUUCUUCAAAUAGCCACCCUUUGCCUUGAUGACCGCUUUGCACACUCUUGGCAUUCUCUCAACCAGCUUCACCUGGAAUGCUUUUCUAACAGUCUUGAAAGAGAUCCCACAUAUGCUGAGCACUUGUUGGCUGCUUUUAUUUCUCUGCCGUCCGACUCAUCCCAAACCAUCUCAAUUGGGUUGAGGUCGGGGUAUUGUGGAGGCCAGGUCAUCUGAUGCAGCACUCCAUCACUCUCCUUCUUGGUAAAAUAGCCCUUACACAGCCUGGAGGUGUGUUGGGUCAUUGUCCUGUUGAAAAACAAAUUAUAGUCCCACUAAGCCCAAACCAGAUGGGAUGGCGUAUCGCUGCAGAAUGCUGUGGUAGCCAUGCUGGUUAAGUGUGCCUUGAAUUCUAAAUAAAUCACAGACAGUGUCACCAGCAAAGCCCCCCCACACCUCCUCCAUGCUUCACGUGGGAACCACACAUGUGGAGAACAUCCGUUCACCUACUCAUCCGUUCACCUACUCUGCAUCUCACAAAGACACAGCGGUUGGAACCAAAAAUCUAACAUUUGGACACAUCAGACCAAAGGACACAUUUCCACCGAUCUAAUGUCCAUUGCUCGUGUUUCUAGGCCCAAGCAAGUCUCUUCUUCUUAUUGGUGUCCUUUAGUAGUGGUUUCUUUGCAGCAAUUCGACCAUGAGGGCCUGAUUCAUGCAGUCUCCUCUGAACAGUUGAUGUUGAUGUGUCUGUUACUUGAACUCUGGAAGCAUUUAUUUGGGCUGCAAUCUGAGGUGCAGUUAACUCUAAUGAACUUAUCCUCUGCAGCAGAGGUAACUCUGGGUCUUCCAUUCCUGUGGCGGUCCUCAUGAAAGCCAGUUUCAUCAUAGCGUUUCAUGGUUUUUACGACUGCACUUGAAGAAACUUUCAAAGAUCUUGAAAUGUUCCGGAUUGACAGACUUUCAUGUCUAAAAGUAAUGAUGGACUGUCGUUUCUCUUUGCUUAUUUGAGCUGUUCUUGCCAUAAUAUGGACUUGGUCUUUUAUCAAAUAGGGCUAUCUUCUGUAUACCACCCCUACCUUGUCACAACACAACUGAUUGGCUCAAGCGCAUUAAGAAGGAAAGAAAUUCCACAAAUUAACUUUUAAGAAGGAACACCUGUUAAUUGAAAUGCAUUCCAGGUGACUACCUCAUGAAGCUGGUUGAGAUAAUGCCAAGAGUGUGCAAAGCUCUCUUCAAGGCAAAGGGUUGCUACUUUGACGAAUCUUAACUAUAAAAUAUAUUUAGAUUUAACACUUUUUGGGUUACUACAUGAUUCCAUAUGUGUUAUUUCAUAGUUUUGAUAUCUUCACUAUUAUUCUACAGUGUAGAAAAUGAGGCCGGUUGGACGUACUGCCCAAUUCUCUAAAAUGAUGUUGGAGGCGGCUUAUGGUAGAGAAAUUAUCUGGCAAACGCUUUGGUGGAUAUUCCUGCAGUCAGCAUGCCAAUUGCAUGCUCCCUCAAAACUUGAGACAUCUGUGACAUUGUGUUGUGUGACAAAAAUUCACAUUUAUUGGCGUUUUAUUGUCCCCAGCACAAUGUGCACCUGUGUAUUGAUCAUUGUGUUUAAUCAGGUUCUUGAUAUGCCACACCUGUCAGGUGGAUGGAUUAUCUUGGCAAAGGAUAAAUGUUCACUAACAGGGAUGUAAAUAAAUGUAUGCACAAAAUUUGAGAUAAAUAUAUGGAACAUUUCUUGGAUCUUCUAUUUCAGCUCAUGAAACAUGGGACCAACACUUUACAUGUUGCGUUUAUAUUUUUGUUCAGUAUAUUUCAGUUGGUUUCCUCACUGUUCUUCGACAAUUAAGGCAAGGGCUGUUUUCGCAUCUCCUAACUCCACUGCUGCCUCCGCCGUAUUGCUUUCAACACCAAUAUGCUGAGUAACUUUGCUAUUAUGCACAUAGCAACAUGGUCUAGAAAAAAGCGGCAAUUCAACAGCGCACUGUUUCAGACCGCGGACAGCGACCACUUACCAUGCGGGAGAAAGUACAUUUGUUAUAAAAUAAUAUUAUUUUGAUGAGUGUUCUUAUGUAAUACAACCAUAUACAAUUUCAGUAGAACAUGUCUUAGUGAUGGACUGUGCCAUCCCCAGGCGCGAAUCAGACCGGUGUCUUGUACACCAUUAAUUUGUUCAUCUUUUUUGCUAUAUGCUCGACUAAAGAAAUCUCGGUCGACCAACAGCCUAUCGACCAAACAAUCGACCUGUCGACUAAAUGGGGUUAGCCCUAGUAAUUAGAACAAGUCGUUUUGCGUCAUACCCGUGGUAUGUUGUUUCAUAUACCCCGGUUGUCAGCCAAUCAGUAUUCAGGGCCCGAACGACCCAGUUUAUAAUUGCCGAUCUAGCUAAUGUGUUUUGAGGUCCCACUUCCUCAGCUGGUGAAUUAGCGUCAAUUGAAUUAGGCCUGUAUAUAAAAUUAGUGAACAUAAAGAUGAAGGCAAAUUCACCUCUAUUGAACCCAAAAAAUAUGAAUGUUCUGGAGCCUUAUUUUGACAGUAAAAUAUAACAAUAGCCUAAUUGUCAACCCAAAAUUCAUGACAAUCACUGGAUUAGGUUGCAUAUCAAAAUAUCUUGAAUCGUGCAUUCCUGUUUGGACAUGUUAGAUGUACUAACUUAUUUAUUGAAUACCAUCUUAGUAACCUAUUACACUUUUUAAUAAAGCAUUGUGAAUGACUGACUUUAUAAGAUCGCUAUUCAUUUUCCUAUUCUGUGGCGCCACCAAUGUAAAUUUUUUGGUGAUACCAAAUCAUGGGCUGGUGCCACCAAUAGAACUGAAAAAGUUAGUGUCACCAGGGGAAAACGUUAGUCCGGAGCCCUGGAACUGCCUCUUGUGAGAAGCAAUGCCACCAUAGAAUGUGCCCAACUUAAACAGCCCAAACCCAUGUCUCCAUCCUUCCUCCCACCGUACUUGUUCAGAUGCUCCAGCACUGCUGCAGCAGCCGGGAGUCCCUGGACCUGUCCAAGCUGCUGGCCCUGCGAGCCCACCUCAGCUGCUCCCAGCAAGCAGACAGCCUGGGCUUCUGCCUGCGCUGGGCCGCUGCCGCCCCCGGCAACACCUUGGACGCUGUGCCCGUCCGGCCCGUGCCCAUCAUCCCCACCGCCUUGGCCAGGAACCUGAGCAGCCGGUCCAGCCUCACCCAGCCGCUACACAGCUGCGCCAGCCGCAAACAAGGGUAAGGAUUAAGGACAUAACAUGGAAUAACAUUAUAGACAAGUCAUGUCAAUCAUUCUUUUAUCGCUGUGUUAUUUAAGCAAUAAGGCACGAGGGGUUGUGGAAUAUGGCCAAUAUACCACGGCUAAGGGCUGAUCUUUGGCACGUCGCAACGCAGAAUGCCUGGAUACGGCCCUUAGCCAUGGUAUAUUGGCCAUAUACCACAAACCCCCGAGGUGCCUUAUUGCUAUUAUAAGCUGGUUACCAAUGUAAUUAGAGCAGUAAAAAUACAUGUUUUUUCAUACCCAUGGUAUAUGGUCUGAUAUACCACGGCUGUGAGCCAAUCAUCAUUCAGGGCUAGAACCACCCAGUUUUAUAAUGGAUAAUGAUUGCUUCUGCUCUACAUUUUGUUCAGCUUUCUGACCAUGGAUCAAACCCGGAAACUGCUGCUACUACUGGAGUCUGACCCGAAGGCCUAUACUCUUCCACUGGUUGGAGUGUGAGAAUGCCCUCCAUUGACAUUAUGUUUUUCGGCCAACGUGUUAUUAUUUUGUAUGUCCGGGGGGAAAAAAACUCCAUUCAUUGGAGAUAAUCUGAACCCCAAAAGGAUUUAUCCUUCCUUUUAGUAGUCAAGCUGUUAGUGUGUGUGAGCCACCUCAUUAGCAGUAGUGUACAGUUUGGUUGACGUGCUUGUGUUGUUGUCUGUGGCAGAUGGUUGAGUGGGGUCACCCACAUCUACAACCCCCAGGUGUGGGCGUGGUGUCUGAGGUACCUGUUCAGCUCCUCCCUCCAGGACAAGUGAGUGGGAUGCCUAUCUGUUCACGUAUUACAAAUAGCACACUGACUGUCAUUUCUCACUUGGCUAAAGGUAGCCUGGCUCCAUACUCUGUGCUGUAGCAAAUUCUUGUGUGCUUGUUAUGCCAUACACCAACGAACACAGAGGAGUUUGCUAAAGCACAGCUGAUGUGGACCAACAUGCUAGGCACUUUGUAAUAACGUUCAUGAAUAAGCCACAAUCAAUUAUUUUAAAUGAUUAUAAAUGUUUAUGAAUUGUUACGUUUCAAUGCUUAAGAUGUUUUUUUUUUUUUACGAAAUAUGAAAUAUUUAUUAAUAGUUAAUCAGUGCUUAUUCAUGAAAGUUAGCUUUAAAUGUACAUGUAUUGUGUAGAAUAGGGAUUUGUCAGACAGCUCUAUUUAUGAGAUUUCUAUCUGCAACAUUACACAACAUUUUCACACCGUAGCAACAUUUUUUGCAAUGGAAUACAUAAAUCAGUGUUCUUAUUGGUUCAGGUGGGCUACCUUCUCGCUUCAAAAUAUUUUAUCCUUAAUGAACACACCCCUGAUUUAUUAUUGGGUUCCAGGGUGAUGUCUGAGGGCGGUGCGUUCCUGGUGGUGCUGUACUCACUGACCCACAGGGAGCCAGAGUUCUACCAGGUCCAGCCUUGCAGUGGGCAGCAGGACAUGACCUUUCAACUGCUCACCAGCACCGAGUCACUCACUCUCUACAAGGUAGGCACACUUAUGCCUGACUCAAUCUAUCGUGCCGACCAGAACCAUGCUCUGAUGGCUCGGACAUUUCCCUUUCACAUUGAGCUUACCAGCACGGUUCCAGCAACUAUGGUCCGAUGCAUAAGGAGGCCAGUGCAGUUCAGCUUGGUUUGGCUCAGCUCAGUAGAAUGAAAAGCCCUCUAGUGGCCUUUACCCACUAUUACAACAGAAUACAGAAUUUAAACAUGUUGGAUAAUCCAUGUCAAUAUGAGACUUGAUUUAUUUUGUUCCUUGUCUGUGCAGAAUGUAGAGGUGUCCGAGGGCCGUACUCUGCAGUUUGAGCUCAGUGCCGAGACCCAGAACCGUGAGGCAGAGUUCUUCAGGGAACUGGUGUCCUGUUCCUCCUUCAGAAGGUAUACAGGCUCUACUCUCAAACAUCUGCAGUAACAAUAUUACCUAGACUGAAGCAGUGGAUAGGGACUCAAUGCUGUGUCUGUCUGAUUGGUGGCUUUUUGUAUAUGUGUUGGGUCACAAGAAAAUUGUUAGUCUUUUGUUAAAUACUAACUGAACUCAUGAGAACGAUACUCUUAACAGGAUUUUAUGACUUCACAGGAAUUGCUGUGCGGUAGAAUAGAUUUCAUUAGUCAAUGGGCUCUCCAGUGUUUGACGGUAUCUGUCCUCCUUCUCUCCCUCAGCCCUGCGUCAGUGGCAGUCUCUCCACAGGACAGGCUGUCAAUCAGCGACCAUGACUCUGGAGUGGAGGAUGAGGACCUCUCCCCCAGGCCCUCCCCAAACCCACACCCUCUCACCCAGCAGGUCAGCUCUCUCUCUCGGUCCCUCUCUCUUGGUCCCUCUCUCUCUGUGUCUCCCUCUGUCUCUCUCUGUGUCUCCCUCUGUCUCUCUCUGUGUCUCGCUCUCCCUCUGUCUCGCUCUCCCUCUGUCUCGUUGAUAUAUAUGUUGAAGAGGGUGGGGCUUAAACUGCAUCCCUGUCUCACCCCAUAGCCCUGAGGAAAUAAAUGUGUUUUUUGCCUAUUUUAACUGCACACUUGUUGUUUGUGUACAUGGAUUUUCUAAUGUCGUAUGUUUUUCCCCCAACACUACUUUCCAUCAAUUUGUAUAGCAGACCCUCAUGCCAAAUUGAGUCAAAAGCUUUUUUGAAAUCAACAAACCAUGAGAAGACUUUGCCUUUGUUUUGGUUUGUUUGUUUGUCAAUUAGGGUGUGCAGGGUGAAUACGUGGUCUGUCGUAAGGUAAUUUAGUAAAAAGCCAAUUUGACAUUUUCUCAGUACAUUGUUUUCACUGAGGAAAUGAACUAGUCUGCUGUUAAUGAUAAUGCAGAGGAUUUCCCCAAGGUUGCUGUUGACUCAUAUCCCACUGUAGUUAUUGGGGUCAAAUUUGUCUCCACUUUUGUGGAUUGGGCUGAUCAGUCCUUGGUUCCAAAUAUUGGGGAAGAUGCCAGAGCUAAGGAUGACGUUAAAGAGUUUAAGUAUAGCCAAUUGGAAUUUGUGGUCUGUAUAUAUUAUCAUUUCAUUGAGGAUACCAUCAACACCACAGGCCUUUUUGGGUUAGAGGGUUUGUAUUUUGGCCUGUAGUUCAUUCAAUGUAAUUGGAGAAUCCAGUGGGUUCUGGUAGUCUUUAAUAGUUGAUUCUAAGAUUUGCAUUUGAUCAUAUAUAUUUUUUGUCUGUUUGUUCUUUGUUAUAGGGCCAAAAAGAUUGGAGAAGUGGUUUACCCAUACAGUGGGGGGAAAAAAAGUAUUUAGUCAGCCACCAAUUGUGCAAGUUCUCCCACUUAAAAAUAUGAGAGAGGCCUGUAAUUUUCAUCAUAGGGACACGUCAACUAUGACAGACAAAAAUGAGAUUUUUUUUCUCCAGAAAAUCACAUUGUAGGAUUUUUAAUGAAUUUAUUUGCAAAUUAUGGUGGAAAAUAAGUAUUUGGUCAAUAACAAAAGUUUCUCAAUACUUUGUUAUAUACCCUAUGUUGGCAAUGACACAGGUCAAACGUUUUCUGUAAGUGUUCACAAGGUUUUCACACACUGUUGCUGGUAUUUUGGCCCAUUCCUCCAUGCAUAUCUCCUUUAGAGCAGGGAUGUUUUGGGGCUGUCGCUGGGCAACACAGACUUUCAACUCCCUCCAAAGAUUUUCUAUGGGGUUGAGAUCUGGAGACUGGCUAGGCCACUCCAGGACCUUGAAAUGCUUCUUACGAAGCCACUCCUUCGUUGCCCGGGCGGUGUGUUUGGGAUCAUUGUCAUGCUGAAAGACCCAGCCACGUUUCAUCUUCAAUGCCCUUGCUGAUGGAAGGAGGUUUUCACUCAAAAUCUCACGAUACAUGGCCCCAUUCAUUCUUUCCUUUACACGGAUCAGUCGUCCUGGUCCCUUUGCAGAAAAACAGCCCCAAAGCAUGAUGUUUCCACCCCCAUGCUUCACAGUAGGUAUGGUGUUCUUUGGAUGCAACUCAGCAUUCUUUGUCCUCCAAACACGACGAGUUGAGUUUUUACCAAAAAGUUCUAUUUUGGUUUCAUCUGACCAUAUGACAUUCUCCCAAUCCUCUUCUGGAUCAUCCAAAUGCACUCUAGCAAACUUCAGACGGGCCUGGACAUGUACUGGCUUAAGCAGGGGGACACGUCUGGCACUGCAGGAUUUGAGUCCCUGGCGGCGUAGUGUGUUACUGAUGGUAGGCUUUGUUACUUUGGUCCCAGUUCUCUGCAGGUCAUUCACUCGGUCCCCCCGUGUGGUUCUGGGAUUUUUGCUCACCGUUCUUGUGAUCAUUUUGACCCCACGGGGUGAGAUCUUGCGUGGAGCCCCAGAUCGAGGGAGAUUCAGUGGUCUUGUAUGUCUUCUAUUUCCUAAUAAUUGCUCCCACAGUUGAUUUCUUCAAACCAAGCUGCUUACCUGUUGCAUAUUCAAUCUUCCCAGCCUGGUGCAGGUCUACAAUUUUGUUUCUGGUGUCCUUUGACAGCUCUUUGGUCUUGGCCAUAGUGGAGUUUGGAGUGUGACUGUUUGAGGUUGUGGACAGGUGUCUUUUAUACUGAUAACAAGUUCAAACAGGUGCCAGGUAACGAGUGGAGGACAGAGGAGCCUCUUAAAGAAGUUGUUACAGGUCUGUGAGAGCCAGAAAUCUUGCUUGUUUGUAGGUGACCAAAUACUUAUUUUCCACCAUAAUUUGCAAAUAAAUUCAUUAAUAAUCCUACAAUGUGAUUUUCUGGAAUUUAUUUUUCUCAAUUUGUCUGUCAUAGUUGACGUGUACCUAUGAUGAAAAUUACAGGCCUCUCUCAUCUUUUUAAGUGGGAGAACUUGCACAAUUGGUGGCUGACUAAAUACUUUUUUCCCCCACUGUACAUCUCCGUUUUGGAUAGAUAGCUCUUUGUGUUGUUGUUUGUUUAGUGUUUUCCAAUUUUCCCAGAAGUGGUUAGAGUCUGGAUUCUUCAAUUACAUUGAGCUGAUUUCUGACAUGCUGUUCCUUCUUUUUCCGUAGUGUAUUUCUGUAUUGUUUUAGUGAUUCACCAUAGUGAAGGCGUAGGCUCAGGUUUUCUGUGUCUCUAUGUUUUUGGUUGGAUAGGUUUCUCAGUUUCUUUCUUAGGUUUUUGCAUUCUUCAUCAAACCAUUUGUCAUUGUUGUUACUUUUCUUCGGUUUUCUGUUACAUAUUUUUAGAUUUGAUAGGGAAGCUGAGAGGUCAAAUAUACUGUUUAGGUUUUCUACUGCCAAGUCUACACUUUCACUAUUACAGUGGAACGUUUUGUCCAGGAAGUUGUCUAAAAGGGAUUGAAUUUGUUGUUGCCUAAUUGUUUUUUGGUAGGUUUCGACACUACUUUCCUUCCAUCUAUAGUAUUUCUUAAUAUUAUUCAGUUAUUUUGGCUUUGAUGCCUCAUGAUUUAGUAUUGCUCUGUUCAAGUAGACUGUGAUUUUGCUGUGGUCUGAUAGGGGUGUCAGUGGGCUGACUGUGAACGCUCUGAGAGACUCUAGGUUGAGGUUAUUGAUAAAGUAGUCUACAGUACUACUGCCAAGAGAUGAGCUAUAGGUGUACCUACCAUAGGAGUCCCCUCGAAGCCUUCCAUUGACUAUGUAUAUACCCAGCAUGCGACAGAGCUGCAGGAGUUGACCCGUUUUUGUUGGUUAUGUUGUCAUAGUUGUGCCUAGGGGGGCAUAUGGGGGAGGGAAUGCUGUCACCUCCAGGUAGGUGUUUGUCCCCCUGUGUGCUGAGGGUGUCAGGUUCUUGUCCAGUUCUGGCAUUUAGGUCGCCACAGACUAGUACAUGUCCCUGGGUCUGGAAAUGAUUGAUUUCCCCCUCCAGGAUGGAGAAGCUGUCUUCAUUAAAGUAUGGGGAUUCUAGUGGGGGGAUAUAGGUAGCACACAGGAGGAAAUUUUUCUCUGUUGAGAUAAUUUCCUUUUGAAUUUCUAGCCAAAUGUUCCUGUUUUGAUUAAUUUAAUAGAGUGAGUUAGAUCUGCUCCGCGGGUCUGGGAGAGUGUCUCGCUGGUCUGGGCGGGGUGUCUGUUGAUCUGUUGCUCCUGUGUGAGGUGUUGGGUCUGCGGUUGAGGUCAAUAUCCUUUAGGGUCCGGGCGAAGGUGGGCACUGCUGCCUUGUAUAGGUGGACCUGGUCGUGAAGGCUGUUCAAGUCCAGGGUGGAGUGGUGAGCCAGGUAGACAUUCGGUUUUGAGGCACAGUCACGGGAAAUACUUGCGUUUACCUGCUGUAUGGUAGCAGGGUGGAAGUAUUUUCGUGGUAGCAGGGUUGAGAUAACCACUUGUGUGUUGGGGAAAGUAGAAGCAGCUUUUUCUAUCACUCCCUUGAGUGCUGUGGCCACCCUUUCCUGCUGUGUUCUCAGGUCGUUUGUGCCUGUGUGUAUUAUAAUGUGACUGGGUGAUCCUAGUUGGUCUUCAGACAGAAGGUCUAGGGCGCGCUGGGUGUUUGGACACCAGAGUCUCUGUCUCUCUGUCUGUCUGUCUGUCUGUCUGUCUGUCUGUCUUUCUGUCUUUGUUUGUCUCUCUCUCUUUCUGUCUCCUUCCUUCCUUUGUUCUUUCUUUCCCUCUCUUUAGAAUGCUGUAUCUGUGCUAUAACCAGAGGAGAUGGCUCGAUUUGUCAUUUGACGCAUAUAGCCUAUUUGUUGUUAAUGGCUGUGUUCUAAAUGACAUGCCUCCAUGUUGUUUCAGACCAAGCGGGUCCACCCCUCUGUGCCAGAGCUCUCUCUGGUGAUGGACGGCAGCUUCCUGGAUGGAAAGACCAUGGGUCGCCCUCAUCCUCCCCUCCCAGCUCUGCAGCACAGAGUCAGUGCCCCUUCCUCGCACCAGCUCCACCUCUGGGCUGCCAGACCCCAAGGCCAGGGUCCCACCGUCCUCGGUGGCCCCCCUCCCAUCAGAAGGCCCCUGACCCCUGCCUUGGCCCCCCAGGGCAAGGGCAGCAGAGGAGCCUCCCUCACCCCCGGGCAGCAGCCACCACCGUUCCGGCCCCCCUCCAGCAGGAAAUCAGCCCCUCCGCAGGUCGGGAAGACGUUGUCUGCCUCUUCAUCCUCCUCCUCCUCCUCCUCUCCAAAGACUGGCUCCUCUCCUAAUGGAUCAGUCCAUCAGGCCAGGCAGUUCCACCAAGCCCCAGGUCACCCCUCUCACAGAGGGGCCUCCCCCGUCGGAAACUCUCCACAACCCAGCCCCAGGCACAGCCCCGCCCCCCCCCCCAAUCCCAGCCCUCAUGCCCACUCACCAACAGCCCCCAGUCCAUCCCAAGCACUUCCACAGCACCCCCAACCCCAACUUGAACCAGCCUUGUGGGUGCUGCUCCUUCCAACCACACGACCAUACCCCCCUGUACCACUCCAGCCACUGGCAGGGGGCUUCAGGGCACUUCUGCUCCAACUCUGAUAGUAACCCCCCCACCUCUCACCUCAACACCUCUCACCAAACAAACCUUCACUACAGCCAAGCGUGCCUCACCGGUGCCCCCCCCCACCACACACCACUUCCCCUCCCUUGGGCCCUGCUCUCCCAGGGGCCGCUUGGAGCCGCCAGGCCCCGCCUGUCAGAACCCGUGUUGCCAGGCCCAGUCAACCCCCUCCCUCUCUCCCCUGGAUGGGCCUAUGAACCUCCUUCCCUCUGACGCCUACAGAAUCCUGGUGGACCAAGACCGGCAGCUCAAGUUACUGCAGGCCCAGGUCAGGCUCUCCACGGUGUCAUUGUGGAUAUCAGACACUGUACCAAAUUACACAAUCUUAAAGCUUUAGAACAGGAGUUCUCAACCUUUCUUACCCUGUUGAUUUCAGAUCCAGAAGCUACUUGAGGCCCAAGGGAAAGGAGAGAGCUCCUCUCCAUCCACUGAGCAGGCAGCCAUCCAGACACAGACCUCCCCAGGACAACAGACCAAGAGAAGUGUUAGCAUCGCUGUUGGCACAGGUACUGGACUCAUUCAUCACCGCUUCUGGCAAUCUUGGUCAUUGUUUGUCUAUCCACUGCAUUUUGAUCCAAUUCUAGGCCUAUCACUUUCCCGUUUCGAACUGUGCUUGUUUUUGCAAGACCGUGUGACGCUCUAGUCUCUUCAAGCACUGUGAAAAUCGUAUUUCUCACUUUAUGGUUCAUUUGCGAUCUACUGAGAACAUGGCCUUUUUUUUCUCCAGGUCUCCUGAAUAGAAAAAGUGAAUUCGGACUAACCAGUAUCAAUACACAGUAUCAAUACACCUAUGGUUACUCUUUUGUUGUGUAACUGUCUUGAUAAGACAUUUUGCUUACUACACAUAUAGGGUAUGUUCGUAAAUUCACUCUGGAGUGCCAGACUGCGUUCUGGGCGUAAAUUCAGAGCGUUGUCAUAUUGUCCGUUUGUAAAUUCAGUGUUUCGCUCUCGGAGCGUUCAGAGCGCACACUGGACGCUCUGGCCGAGGAGUAGGGUUGAUCCGAGCGUUCCUCACGACGGCAGUCAAGCACCCAAGCUAACUGGCUAAAGUUGGCUAGCUUGCUAGCUACUUCCAGAUACAAAUGAGAGAAACUCCCUCUGACCAUUUUACUUGCCCUAGCAGAGCUGGUUAUCUAGAGCGUUCGGAUACUACUGCACUGUUGUUAGAUACUACUGCACUGUUGGAGCUAGGAACACAAGCAUUUCACUACACCCGCAAUAACAUCUGCUAAAUACAGGUGCAGCUCAAUAAAUUAGAAUAUUGUGGAAAAGUUAAGUAAUUUCAAUAAUUCAACUGACAAAGUGAAACUCAUAUAUAUUGUGGAUUAAUUACACAAAAAGUGAAGUAGUUCAAGGCUGUAUUUGUUUUAAUCUUGAUGAUUGCGGCUUACAGCUCAUGAAAACCCCAAAAUGUGAAUAUUGUGAAAAAGUUCAAUAUUGUAGACUCAAGGUGUCACACUCUAAACAGCUAACUAACUCAAAACACCUGCAAAGGUUUCCUGAGCCUUUAAAUGGUCUCUGUCCAGUUCAGUAGGCUUCACAAUCAUGGGGAAGACUGCUGACUUGACAGUUGUGCGGAAGACAGUCAUCAACAACCUCCACAAGGAGGGAAAGCAUCAAAAAUUCAUUGCUAAAGAUGCUGGCUGUUCACAGAGUGCUGUUUCCAAGCAUAUUCAUGGAAAUUCGAGUGGAAGGAAGACGUGUGGUAGGAAAAGGUGCACAAGCAACAGGGAUAACCGGAGCCUUGAGAGGAUUGUCAAGGAGUGGACUGAGGCAGGAGUCAGUGCAUCAAGAGCCACCACGCACAGAUGUAUCCAGGAAAUGGGCUACAACUGUCGCAUUCCUCGUGUCAAGCCACUCCUGAACCAGAGCCAACGUCAGAAGCGUCUUACCUGGGCUAAGGAGAAAAAUAACUGGUCUGUCGCUCAGUGGUCCAAAGUCCUCUUUUCAGAUUAAAGUACAUUUUGCAUUUAAUUUGGCAAUCAAGGUCCCAGAGUCUGGAGGAAGAGUGGAGAGGCACAGAAUCCAAGUUGCUUGAAGUCCAGUGUGAAGUUUCCACAGUCAGUGAUGAUUUGGGGAGCCAUGUCAUCUUCUGGUGUUGGUCCACUGUGUUUCAUCAAGUCCAAAGUCAACUCAGCCGUCUACCAGGAAAUGUUAGAGCACUUCAUGCUUCCUUUCUGCUGACAAGCUUUAUGGAGAUGCUGAUUUCAUUUUCCAGCAGGACUUGGCACCUGCCCACACUGCCAAAGGUCCCAAUACCUGGUUCAAUGACCAUGGGAUUACUGUGCUUGAUUGGCCAGCAAACUCGCCUGAUCUGAACCCCAUAGAGAAUUUAUGGGGUAUUGUCAAGAGGAAGAUGAGCGACACGAGACCCAACAAUGCAGAUGAGCUGAAGGCCGCUAUCGAAGCAACCUGGGUUUCCAUAACCCCUCAGCAGUGCCACAGGCUGAUAGACUCCAUGCCACGCCGCAUAGAUGCAGUGAUUCAUGCAUAAGGAGCCCCAACCAAGUACUGACUGCAUGUACAAGAACAUACUUUUCAGAAGGCCGACAUGUCUGUAUUAUGUCAUAUUCUAAUUUUCUGAGAUACUGAAUUUGGGGUUUUCAUGAGCUGUAAGCCGUAAUCAUCAAGAUUUUAAAAAAUACAGCCUUGAACUAUUUCACUUUUUGUGUAAUUAAUCCACGAUAUAUAUGAGUUUCACUUUGUCAGUUGAAUUAUUGAAAUUACUUAACUUUUCCACAAUAUUCUAAUUUAUUGAGCUGCACCUGUAUGUGUAUGUGACCAAUAACAUUUUACUUUAUUUGACUAACUGUGCUGUUGGCAACAACUGAAUUAUGUUUUUUUGCUGACGUUUACUGACACUGGUCAUAUUCAGCGAGUUCGUAAAUUCAUCAGUUAUUCUGCGCUCUGGCACACUCAGACGAGAGUGCUCUGAAAUCGGAGUAGAUGGCCAGAGUGAAUUUACAAACGCACCCUUAGUUGACUAACUGCAUCUCUCCCUGCUGUGUAGGUGCUAGUCUGUUCUGGGGCGUCCCUGUCGAUGCCCCUGCUCGCGAUGAGGAGCGCCCACAGCCAGAGUGGCACACCGACACAGGGCCUGGCGCUCCCGAUGGCAGCAGGGCCUCCUCUAGUCGGAGCUCUGGCAGUGCCAGCCUUACCCACAGCAGGCACAUAGAUGGCUCGGAAGAAGAGAGCGGGGUCAGAGAGAGACGGGUGUCAGGCACACCAUCCAACCAGUCAACGCACCAGAGGUAAGAGAACGGUUGGCUGCAUUUCAAACUGAACGCUUGUUUUCUUCCAUUGGCCCAGCCCUCAGUUUGAAUUGACUGGAAGAAUGAAGAAAGUAAUGGUUGUAGUUCACCACCUAGAACUCUGAACGGCAGUUUACACCAUUUUACUCCCUCCAUUUCACAAGAACGAGGCUUCAGUGAUUGAAUGGAAUAGACCAAGCUUUCAAUCUGAAACCCAGCCACAGGAGAACAUGGGUGAUGUGAAAAUAUGCACGUGAGGGUGAGCCCUCACAACUGGCGUCAGAAGUGUGAUACCACUUCUGUCACCAACUGUGACGGCUCACCCGCUGAACACCAUCUGAACACUGGUGCCACCUUGUGGCCAUUUCAGUAAAGUAUUUUUUUAACCGUAGUAUGAACAGCAUGUGUUUUUGUGCAUUUCCUGCAGGACUCAGUCAGCAUUUGGAGACUGUUCUUUCCAGAGUCCAGUGUUGGGGGAGAGUGCCAGCAUGUACUACCAGUCCCAGUCUCCACAGAGGGACGGCACCAAGAGUCAGGAGCCCAGGGCGGUGGAGGAUGAUCAGCGGUUUUAUCAGGAUCUACUGGUAAGAGUAAUCUUUUAUAUGGACUUUUAUUUGCUCCAUGUAUGUCAACAGGAGACCAUGAUUUGCGGAAGAAAAAAAUAUACUUAUGAGCACGGCUCCAAGUAAUUAGGCUAUGUAUUUGAAUUUGCACCGUCUUUCAUCCUGGUAUACUUCUUUUGGAGAAUGUUUCAACAGAACCUAGUAUUGCAGUGAAAUGCUUAAUACAACAUGUUAUGUGGCCAGCCUCCCUCCUGUGAAAUCCCUUUGACUAUCUGUCACUUGGACCUAAACAUAUGAAAAGCGCUUAUAAAUAAAGAUCUGACGUUCUUCAUCCUUCCACAGGGCCAAGUGAACAGCCGUCUCCAGGGAUCAGUGAACGAGGAGGUCAAAGAGGAAGAAGAUCGAAGCACCUCGUACACACUGCGAGAGAGACACAGCUUGUCCCCUAGACAAGUGUCCCACUGUCAGUCCCAGCAGUCAUCCCCUAGCCCUGUUCCCGUCAGCUCCCGGAGGCCGGAGCCCAAAGUAGAGCAGCAGCCAGGAGGAAGGGACCAGGUGCUCCACGCCACGCUGCGCCAGCUGCAGCAGCUAGGGGUCAACGUGGACCUGGACUCUGCCGACCCCGGGGGCAAGACCACGCGCAGCUCUGUAGAGAGUGCCAGGUAUGUUUGCCUUGAAGUUUCAGGUUUACUUGACCAUCUUUGCACGUAGGUCAUAGAGGUAGUAGUAUUAUGGUAUAACAAGAGGAUGUUUCAGUUGUGGGAAAUGGACCCGUUAUGAUGGUUACAGCCAUUCUAACAUGACAAUAGGGGCCAUUACAGUGGCUGUUUCUCUUACUUUCUUGCUCAUUCUCAUGUAAGCUCGACAUAAUUUAGCUACGUAGGUUACAUUAUGCAGAAGGUGUUCCUGUAACUUUGAUUUAAAAUGCAGCUUCCGUUUCCUUCUCCCCAGUACCCUGGCCGGCAUCAACCCAGAGGCGGUCAUCAGCAGACUGACCCUCCCAGAGUCGAUGGGGACCAGCAUGUGGGGCGGCAGCGUGGACCUCAGCCUGGAGGCCAACGCCAUCGCCCUCCGAUACCUAAGCGACCAGCAGCUCUCCAGGCUCUCUGUAGGGGGAGGGCAACAGCCCCCCGGGCCCGUCCCAGGUUCAGCCCCUGCACACUGCUCUCAGAGAAGCCCCCAACGGAGAAGAGCGCCAUGGGACAGAGCAGUAUUCUGUCUCCGAACAACAUGUCUUUAGCCACCCGCAAGUACAUGAAGAGAUACGGGCUGAUAGAGGAGGGGAGUGGGAGUGAGGAGGAGGAGAGGGCCGAGGGGGAGCAAUCGGAGAUGGGAUACACUGUACAGCUCCAUGUUCAACCGGAACAAGAAGGACUAGGAGAGUGGGAGCACAAAGGUUUGGUUCUGAAAAACAUCACAAACGAGUUGCCCCACUCCGACCCUGUCCACCCCCAGGCACUGCAUGCAGACUCUCAAAGCCAGCUACUCAGAGACUUGCGUCCUAAAAUGCAGCUUUUGGCCCGCGGCGCCAAACACAGUUUGGAGAAGGAGAAUGGCGCCAAACAGCGGCCAUCUUUUGGAAAAAUGCAGAGGGAGUGUCCUCAACCAGAAGGGUCGAUGGGAAAUUUCUUGGACCUAAGUAGACUUCGACAGCUGCCGAAACUCUUCUAA